AUGCGGUCCUCACUUCUUGCCGUCUUGGCCUUUGCCUAUGCUGUGGCUGCUGGGACACCGCAUCACCAAGGGGGAAAAGGCAAUAGACAGCCCUACGUAAGAGUGAGGAAUGGCACGUACUCGGGCGUGUACUCGGCGGAGUACGACCAGGACUUCUUCCUCGGUAUACCUUACGCCCAACCGCCCAUCGAAGAUUUGAGAUUUCGGACACCCCAGUCGUUGAAUACUAGAUGGAGGGGCGCAAGGAAUGCCACUGCAUACACGCCCACCUGUGUAGGCUACGGCGGUGAUCAGAUCGGCUACGAAGUAUCGGAGGACUGCUUGUAUCUCAACGUUGUCCGGCCGGCUGGCAUCAAGAGAAGGAACCUGCCUGUAGCCUUCUGGAUCCACGGCGGAGGCUAUUUCAUGGGCAGCGGUGUCGACCGGCGCUACAACCUCACCUUCAUGGUGCAGAACGGUGUCGACAUCGGCAAGCCAUUCAUCGGCGUGUCGAUCAACUACCGACUCAGUGCCUGGGGCUUUCUGAAUUCCGAAGAGGUUCAGGAGAGCGGACAGACGAAUCUCGGACUAAGAGAUCAGCGCUUGGCUAUGCAAUGGGUGAGGGAGAAUAUCGGAGCCUUUGGAGGCGACCCCGAUAAAGUGACCAUUUUCGGCGAGAGCGCUGGCGCUUCAUCGGUCGGCUACCAGCUGACCGCGUACAACGGCCGCGACGACAAGCUCUUCCGCGGUGCAAUCAUGCAGAGCGGCUCGCCCGUCUACUACGGUAGCGUCAAUGAUACGGAAUACUUCCAGCCCCUCUACAACUCCGUCGUCAAUCAAGCCGGCUGCUCCGGUGCAGCGGACACUCUCCAGUGCCUCAGGGACGUUCCGUACGCCCAGCUCAAUGCCGUGAUCAACCAAACAGAAUUCAGAGGAACGUUCGUGCCAGCCAUCGACGGCGACUUCUUCCAGCGCCUCAUCUCCACGCAGCUCGAAGACGGCGCCUUCGUCCACGUGCCCAUCAUCUCCGGCGCCAACUCGGACGAGGGAACCGCAUUCAGCCCGCAGGGCAUCAACACGACCGAGAUCUUCUACCAAAACGUCGUGAACCCGACCGGCCGCUUCUUCCGCCGCCUCCCCGAAUGGUUCGGCCAGGCAAUCCUCGAGGCCUACCCCGACAUCCCCGCGCUUGGCAUCCCCGGCACACCACCUCUUCCCGCGGACUUCCGGCCCGGCCCGCCAUUCGGCGCGCAAUUCCGACGCUCCGCCGCCUACUACGGUGACGCGACCUUCAUCGCCCCCCGCCGCCAAACCUGCCAGACCUGGGCCGGCGCGGGCGUCCCCGCCUACUGCUACCGCUUCAAUGUGAUCGUAGCCGGGAUCCCCGCCAUCAUCGGCGCGACGCACUUCCAGGAGGUGGCGUUCGUGUUUUAUAAUCUGCAGGGUGUCGGGUAUGCGCUGAACCCGUUCACGAACAAGACCGAGGAGUACACGGAGCUCGCUAGGCUGAUGACGUCGAGUUGGGCGAGCUUCGUGGUUGACCAGGAUCCGAAUAGCUUUAGGGCUGGGGGGAGGGCAUUUGCGGAGGUGGAGCCGUGGCCCAGGUAUGACAACGCGGACCCGCAGGACUUUGUGUGGAGUGUCAAUGAGACGAGCUAUGCGGAGCCGGAUACCUACAGGGCCGAGGGGAUGAGGCUCAUUAAUGAGAAUGCGGAGGAGGUGUAUCAUAGAUAG